CUCGCACUAAAUACUUGGGUUUUCUCCCUCCACCUUGCCUUCCUUUUUGCUGCACCUUCCUCUCUCUCUCUCUCUCUCUCCAGCUAAGGGUUUGGUUAUGCCUCUCCACGCUUUUCCUUUGAUUUGCUCUCAGCCGAUAGGAGAAGUCUCAACACUCUCAUUUUUGUAAUUUCGUCACUGCAGUUGCUUGGAUUCUGGAAAAACUGAUCAGAUCUGCUUCUGCUUCUGCCGCUGGAAAGAGGGCUCAGCCGAGGGCAAAAGAUACUGACUCCUCUGAGCAAAUCCCCCGCCAGAUCUCAGAGAGUCGGGUAAUGGCAUCAUCAAGUUCUUCCUCCAACUCUCCUUGUGCUGCCUGCAAGUUCUUGAGGAGGAAGUGCAUGCCGGGCUGCAUCUUUGCACCCUACUUUCCCCCGGAGGAGCCGCAGAAGUUUGCCAAUGUCCACAAGGUAUUUGGGGCCAGCAACGUGACCAAGCUCCUCAACGAGCUGCUCCCUCACCAGCGGGAGGACGCCGUCAACUCUCUGGCCUACGAGGCGGAAGCCCGGGUUAAGGACCCCGUCUACGGCUGCGUCGGCGCUAUCUCCGUGCUCCAACGCCAGGUCCAGAGGCUCCAGAAAGAGCUCGAUGCUGCCAAUGCCGAACUCCUCCGUUAUGCCUGCAACGAGAUCCCCAUGGGGUUAACCGUUCCGCCAACUAUGGCGUCGCCGAUGAUGGACUACCCAAGAAUCGAGUACUGCAGGAGGACUGGCAUUAAUGGAGGAAGUCCAUUAUGCCCGGCUCCUGCAUUGGCACUGCCCAGCCUUCCUCCGUGGUCUGGAAACGACUUUCCAGGAGAUCAUGAAAACAGCAAUCCUGUGGCGAUGCAGAUCACAGCAUGUGAACUCCAAAACGAUCACAAAGCAACCAACCUAAGCUCUUUACGGGAACUUGCUACAUAUGUAAAUGCAGCCGUCAUCUUCUUCCGAAUAUUAUUAGGUGGCUGGAAUGGGUUUGGAUUUCGGGCGAGGGAAGUUGGCAGUGAAACCGAGGAUCGUUCCCACAUGUUGAAUCACACUGUGUUCCCCAUCUCAGCAUAUGAAGGACGACAAAGGUGACAUCCCUCGUAAUGGUAAAAAUCAUUCUCGAUUAUCAUAAGAAUUUUAUGAUAUAUUGCUUGGUCUCAUUUCUGAAACAUUUUCUUGUCGAUCGGUCAUGUUAUGCUACGCACGCAUAGGAUUCAUUCAUGUGCACGACGAGUCUGGUGUGUGCCUUUGUCGAGUAUGAAUGAAAUAGGAUUUUGAAUUG